CUUGCGAACUCAAAGCUCUUAAGUGACCCGUUUUCCUGGUACUUACAGACCCAGGACCCUCACACGCUGUGCUGUAUCCCCGGACUUUUUUCCUUUUUACUUGUUUAUAUUAUUUAUUGAUUCUGAGGAAACUUAUCACUAAAUUGUGCACGCAGCCUUUCAGUUUGCAAUCCUUCUGCCUCGACUAACCUAGUGACUGGCAGCACUAUCCUGAGGCAUACUGGCCAAACAGUAAAUGGAAGUUUAUGCUCAAAUUAAUUUACUUAUUUGUGCUAGACUUUGGAAAGUUCUGGCCAUUCUUAUCAGCACAUAUAGUUAAGCCAGUUUUGUUUAGUUUUUAACCAUUAGCCCUUGACUAUAGUGUUUGGCUUUUGGUAUUUUUAUUUUAGUCUAACUGUAUGGUGGGUUUUAAAGUUUCCGGUCUUAGCUGUAAGGAAUUACAGAAGUCACUGAUUCAUCCACUUACUGAAUACUAAGUCACGUGGUGUGAUAGCUAGUGAAGUACGGGACUAGAAUAGAGUACCACUAGUACCAGUCCUAGUAGCAGUAGAGAUAAGUGUAGUUAAAUGCUACCAGUGCCACAGCAAACACUAACAUUUCCUAGAGAGACUUUCAACUUAACUUCAUAAUGUGGUAGACAAAAGUAAGAGUCACUAGAUCUUAGAUGUUUAGGGAAAGCCCCAGUAAACCUUCCUUUCAACCGAAUGUCCAAGGGACACAACUCUGAAAAAGCCCCAAGGCCAUGGGAACCAUUAAUAAGACUUAAGCCACCAGAGUGAAAACCAAAUCUAAUCCAGGAUGAGAAAAAAGUCAAAAACAGCUUCAUUUCCAGGUGUCUGGGACAGUGCAGAGAACCUUUAGCAGUGCUCACCUUUUCAAAACCGAUGUUAAGUUAAAUCUCAGCACCACAGUGAGUAUUUGUUUUACAGUAGCCACUUUUUAUUAAGUAGCUGUGCAUGCCUCUGACAGUUUCCCAUUGGAAGAAAGCACUUUGGAUUUGGAACCAGUUUUCCAUUUCGGGAAGAUUCAUCUAGAGGCUGAAAGAUGAUAAAUACUUUAAUUUUAAGAAACCUAUGUACUUGAGACAGAUAUUCCAAGCACACUUAAGUGUAAUACAAAUCAGAUUUGUGUAUUUUUAAAGUGGCAGGUAUGAUGUUUUUAAAGACCAGUUGGAUAAGAAAGUGUUGGAAGGCUUUUUGGACGGAUCUUUGAUUUAGGCCACACAAAUAUUGGUGCUAUCAGGGGAUAGUGGAAAAUCAAGUGAGGGGAAUCUCACAAAUUAAAAUGUCAGUGUAAGAUGUGUAUACUGUAUGCCGAGAAUGCCAGGAACAACCUUCUACCUGCUGGGUACACUCUGCCAAUUCCCAAUAUAUAGUAAGUUAGGACAGAAAAUGGAAGCUCCGGGUUAGGAAACUUCUGUUAAAAUAACAUUUCAUUCAAAUGCAGGAGUGGAGCAACAUAAGUAACUAAACUAAGACACUUUCAGCAGGAGCUUACCUCAGGGCACUGGAGAAGAUGGAAGCCAUAUAUGUAACAUACUGGCAUAGGUGUUUGUUGCUGACUUUCAAUAUGUAUUCUGUGGUGUUUUCAGUAAGAGAUGUCCUCCAUAGGCUAUGGUAUUUAAAUACUUGCUCCCUAGUUGGUAACACUGCUUGAGAAGGUGUAAGAGGUGUGGCCUUGCUGGAGGACAUAUGUAAUUAGUUAGGCUUCGAGAGCUUCAAACACCUUCUACUUCCAAUUUCAUCUUUUUCUGCUUCAUGUUUGCAGGUGAGCAUGUCAAUGCUUAGCUUCAUUCCUCUGCUGCCUUGCUUGUCUCCUGCCACGAUGGACUCUUGCUCUACUGGAACCCUGAACCUGUUUUAUAUGUGUCUCUCAAAUGUUCUUUACUGGAGUAUCUUUUGCCUGGGUGUGAGAAGACUGGAGACAUUGCUCUAACACAAGCCAGAAGCCACACUGUAUGGUAAUGGAAAGUGUUAGGAGUGGGUAAAUGAUGUGCACUGCCCUGAGCCCCAAGGUUCGCAGCGGACCUGGCCUGUCUGAUAUGCAUCAGUACAGCCAGUGGCUGGCCAGCAGACACGAAGCUAAUUUGCUGCCGAUGAAAGAAGACUUGGCCUUGUGGUUAACCAAUCUAUUAGGGAAAGAGAUAACAGCAGAAACUUUCAUGGAGAAGUUGGAUAAUGGUGCCUUGCUCUGUCAGCUUGCAGCCACUGUGCAGGAGAAAUUCAAAGAGAGCAUAGAUGCCAACAAGCCUGCCAAGACCCUACCACUGAAGAAGAUUCCUUGCAAAGCCAGUGCACCCUCGGGCUCCUUUUUUGCCCGAGACAACACAGCCAAUUUCCUAUCCUGGUGCCGAGAUUUGGGAGUUGAUGAAACAUGUCUUUUUGAAUCUGAAGGCCUGGUUCUGCAUAAGCAGCCCCGAGAAGUGUGCCUCUGUUUGCUAGAGCUUGGUCGGAUUGCAGCAAGGUACGGUGUUGAGCCUCCUGGUCUGAUAAAGCUGGAAAAAGAAAUUGAACAAGAAGAGACACUUUCUGCCCCAUCUCCUUCACCUUCUCCUUCAUCAAAGUCUUCAGGAAAGAAGAGUACUGGAAACUUACUGGAUGAUGCAGUAAAAAGAAUCUCUGAAGAUCCUCCCUGCAAGUGCCCAACCAAGUUCUGUGUGGAGCGGCUGUCUCAAGGUCGAUACCGAGUGGGAGAGAAGAUCCUCUUCAUCAGGAUGCUGCACAACAAGCACGUGAUGGUCCGCGUGGGAGGAGGCUGGGAGACCUUCGCAGGCUAUCUGCUCAAGCAUGACCCCUGCCGCAUGCUGCAGAUCUCCCGUGUGGACGGCAAGACAUCCCCUGUCCAGAGCAAAUCCCCAACCCUGAAGGACAUGAACCCAGAUAAUUACCUGGUGGUCUCUGCCACCUACAAGGCUAAGAAGGAGAUUAAAUGAAACUGAUCUCUGAAAGAGGACUCCUGCAAUGGCCUGUGUCCAUUCUACAGUGUAGUCAGUGUAGUUCCCAUGCUCUGAAAAACCACACAUCAGGCAGGAGAAUACUCAAAAGGUAGCACUAUUUAUUUUUAAUGCAUCUGUAGAACUUUGCCUAUGGAGAAAAUCUAAACUCAAUGAAAUCAGACAAAUUGUAAGCAAAUCAUUAUUUCUCAAUAUGUAAACAUAGCAUUUAGAAGAAACCUUGUUAGGAACUAAGUUCUAGGUACAGCCAUCAAAGGUGAUCAUGACUAGGAGACUGUAUUUACAUAUAUGUGUAGGUCAACAGAAAGUGCCUGCUGUAUGUCUAUGAGCUAAAGCACCCCAGAAACUUUUAUAAUGGCGGGAUUUUAUAACUAUUUUUUACAAAGUGACAAUGUGAUAAUGUGCUACUAAAAUUUGUCUGAGAGCACUAUAUAGUACAGUUUUCUCAGCCAUAAUACUUAACUGGAAAGGCCACUUCAGAGAUGUUUACAUUGACUUAGAAGAUUGCCUUAAAGUUCAUCUCUGAUCCCUGACCAAACCAACCUCUGGGGUACUUUUGGAUGUUGCCUGUGCAGCCCCUUAGGAAUAGCAGGUACCUGCGACACACAGAGAAGCUGUGUUUACAAUGAUCACUUAGUGAAAUACACAUGCCUAAGCUAGCUAGCAUACAUUCACAUUUGGAUGUGUGGACUGCACAGUCAAAUGUUCAUCAACCUUGUGAUUUUGUUUAUUUCAAGCAUUUUCUUAUUAAAAAUAUGUAUCUUUAGUUAUUCCUCUUCUGCUAUGCUGUCUCAUGAAGUCAAUUCAUGUAGUGAAUGAUGUUACAGAUUUGUAUACCCAGGACAAGGCUGUUUUGUAUCAAUAAGCAGCAAGAUAUUGUCCACACUGAUUUAAAAAUUAAAAACAAAAAGUUAAA